UUAAAAGUGCGACAUGUUUUACUGAGUUUUCAGCUGCAGCUUGGUUUCAUUUGGAAAAAGACUUUCACCACCAGGUGGCAGCAUUGCACCAGAAGAUUUGAGUGUAGCUCACACAGUCACAUGAAAUCUUCUGGCUGUUUGAAAUGAUUCCGUGUAUUUUCAAAGCUGCACACUUUGAACUCUUCUACAACAAUCCACCGAGUGCGACAGCAGCGGCAAGUCUGUGGGCUGUUUGAAUGUCUCACGCUGAACUCGAGGCUCCAUCUUGUGGAUCAAAGUGGUGUUACAGGAGAGUCCAGCUCGGCCCGGUUCGGUUCAUGUCUCUGCAGCACGGCACGCGGACCUCUCUGACAUGACGUCACAUCUGAUGUCUCUUUGCUCUGGUUUCGGUUCAUUUUAUGUUUUUAAACAAAGAAAUAAAAUGUGCUUCUAAACUCACUGUGCUGCUGGAAGCAGGUGACACUGAUGAUGAUGACGAAGGUGUUAAGGAUGAUGAUGAUGAUCUCCUCUCUGGGCUCGUGUUGAUUAUUAAACGGGUCAGCUAGCGCGUGCACGCUGCUGUCAGCUGUAAUCAGCUGAUGUGAGGAAAAUGAAACUUAAGGAAACACAGAGCGGAGGAGGCGCAGUUAGAAAUCCGCACUCCGCAGCGCACUCACACCCAGGAUGGGGGUUCAGGGUCUGGCCACCUUCUUAGACAACCACCGGAAGGUUUACCGGGACGUCCGGUUCGGCAGGAGCCGGCUGGUGAUCGAUGGAUGCAACCUGAACUACCUGCUGUACUUUGAGUCAGGUCUGGACCAGAAUCACGGCGGGGAGUAUGCUGCCUAUGAAAGCCUGAUUGAGAGGUUCAUCACAGCCCUCAGAACCUGCGAGGUCGAUCCCUACGUGGUGCUGGACGGAGGCUCGGACCACACCGACAAGAAGCUCGAAACUGUGACACAAAGGGCCGAGCAGCGGAUCGAAAGAGCCCAUCGAGCAGCAAAGGACGGGGGGAAGGAAAACAUCCUGCCAAUUAUGACCAAGUGGGUGUUCAGACAAACGCUGACCCGGCUGAAGGUCCCGGUCGCCCAGUGCUUUGGCGAGGCCGACCGGGAGAUAGCCGCCCUGGCUGAUAAGUGGCAGUGCCCAGUGCUUUCUAACGACAGCGACUUCUACAUCUUCAACCUCUCAGCGGGGUUGUUGCCCAUCUCUUACUUCCAGUGGCAGGAUGUAAAUGGGAAUGGCUCAAAGAGCUACAUCCCUUGUAAGAGAUACUAUACCUCCAGCUUCUGCAUCUACUUCGAAAUCCAACGCCAGCUCCUGCCCACCUUCGCUGCCCUGGCUGGGAAUGACUACGUGAAGCUGCAGAAGUUUAUCUGGAGUCAGUUUGCCCCAGUCGCCAGUAAGCCUCAGAGCCGCCUGGAAGGCCUGCUGUGCUGGCUGAAGGACUUUGAGGAGCCGGAGAACGCUUUGAAGGCAGCAGUGGAGCUGAUGGGAGGAAAGAGCCGCAAGAACAAGGAGAACAUGAAGAAGAUGCUGCAGAGUUUGUCUGUGGGGAUGGAGGAAUACAAACUGCCUCGCAGCUCGCUGAUGGAGUUCUUCAUCCAUGGGGUCAUUCCUCUGUUCCUAGUUGAGGAGUUCAUGGGUCGCAUCCCAGAUUGGAUGCAGCUGCGUGUGAUGCAGGCCUGGCUGCCCGGGGACACCCUGGAUGUACUGCUGUUGCACAGGCUGAGCCUCAGCACCCCCGUGGACCACAAAGACCUGCCCAGUGUUAACCUGACCUCCAGACCUCUCCGCCAGGUGAUGUACGGGCUGGUGCUGGGCAAAGAGACGUCAUAUAAGGUGGAGGAGAGAGACAGAGAGGGCCUCCAGCUUAAAUUCAUCCGAAUCAAACCAACCUUCAGUCGAGUGGCUCAGCGGCUCCAGCUGAACUCGUUGCAUGAGGCGGAGCUCUCUGAACGUCUGCAGGUCUUACUUGAGGCUCUCGGGGUGAACGAGGAACGUCUGAAUGCGCUGCCGUCUCAGCUGCGCCUCCCAGUGGCCGUGACCUGUUACUGGUGGAACAGAGCUCGGCCUCGUCCGGACCUGAAGCUGCUGAAGUCGCUGCUGCUGGGAAUGAACCUCAGAGACACACCGCAACUCAGCGCAGCUGUGCAGGCUCGCUGUCAUCAGAAGCCUGAUGUGGGCGUGGCUCACGCCUUCAGCCAGUGGCAGGUGUGCAUGAAGGACAGCAUGCACCUGAACCAGCUGCUGGGCCUCCCUCUGCCUGAACCAGACGUCGCACGGUUCUAUCAGGGGACGCUGGUCCACCAGCUGGUCCACAUGAGGAGGACAGGAAGCAGACUGAAGCACGUCCUGAAGACAGACCAGGCCAGUGUGCAGCAGUACUGCGACAUGCUGUCGGCUGUCCGCCGGCUCCGGCCUCGCCAGGCCUCCGAGUUCUCAGAGAGCGAGCAGGCAGAGAGGCGGGCUCUGAACGACCAGACCAACCUGCAGCCGUUCCAGCUGGACUACGACGAGGAGACGGAGACCGAGGUCUGCAGCUCGGCCCGGGCGCAGGAGGAGCUGCGGCUGGAUGAUCGGCUGCUGCUGAAAACUCGGUACAAAACCAAGGAGAGAAGGAAUCGCUGCAACAAAGUGGAACUGAGCCGGAAGGAGGAGCGCCGAGGCACGGACCUCCUCUGACGGUCGGACCGUCGCUGGAACCGCCGUCAGCAUCCGCUCUGUCUGGCGUCAGCCCACUUUCUCCUCCCUCUGUUGCCUCCUUCUUUGCUCCAGACUCUUUAUGGGACAAAUAUCUUCUAUUUUUUCACAAUCUGGGUCAUUUCAGAGGAUUUUACAGCCUUUUAUUUGUGAUUUAACAGAAAACAUGAAUGUAAGUUUACUAAAAGGAACCUCAUCAAUAAAGAUUUAAAUGUUUCUGACCCCCA